UGUCGUCGUGGGUGAAGGGUUUGUCUCUCCAACGCCUCGCAGGGACCACGUUCCUCCUGGCUCUCUCUCCACGCAGGGCAGCUUCUCUAGUUGCGGGUUCGAGGCCACGUUGCCCCAGCAGCGGUCAUACGAGGAUACUCAUGACGAAGACCGCCACACCUCCUGUUCCUCCUGCUGACGCCACGGCCGGAGGCGCUACUGCAAACCCUGCUACCGCUGCUCCUGCUGUGUGGGACGCCGACGCCGGAGUGUGGGUAGGAGACCGGGCGGCUGGGCAAGAGGGCAGCGUUCCUUCACCGCUUUGGAUUUUCGGUUAUGGCAGUCUUUGCUGGCGACCGGAGGCGUCUUUCGCCGGCUUCGAGCGCUUCAAUGGCGAGGUCGUGGGGUGGAAAAGGCUUUUCGCGCAGAAGAGCAUGGAUCACAGAGGGACCCCGGAGUUCCCAGGCUUGGUUGCGACUCUUGUUUCAGAUGCUGACCUCGAGGCUCUUGGCCAGCGAUCGGCCAGUGACCCCCCGUCAAGGACCCAUGGCGUCGCGUACCUCAUACCCGAAAACAAGGCGGAGGAAGUCCUCGCUGGGCUGGACUUUAGGGAAAAGGGAGGAUACACGAGAGCGACGGUCGACGUGCUUCCGGCCGGGGGCGAGGGUGGCCAGAAGGAAGACACCACCAGUUCUGAAGACACCGCGGUGCCAACGCCAGCUUUGCUGUACACGGGUACAACAAGCAAUCCGAACUUUCACGUGCCCUCCAUCGACGAGGCCGCGGAUACCAUUGCUUUGGCGGUUGGGCCUUCGGGACCCAACUAUGAGUAUCUCUUCUCCCUCUCUCAAUACCUUGAGAAGGUCGGAACUCCGGACCCGCAUUUGAUGGAGCUCUCGGACAUGGUACGGUCGCGAAUCAAGACUCGAGCGUGAUUCUGGCAUCGAAUGAAUGUGUUGUUCGUUUGGCACCGGUUUUGAGGGGGGGAAUGGCCAAGAAGUUUUUGUGUAAUUUUUUAUCCUUGGCCGCACGGCGGUGUGUACAGCAGUGUUAGAAGACUUCAGUAGUAGGGCCGACUUUUUCGUGAGGCGCCACUCAAGUGUACGGUGAAGUAGAAUAUUCGAGUGUAAGGGGAAUGUCCGUAGAUUCUCCUGUACAAUGAAGGUCUUACACGCAGUGUAGGUCUACCUACCUUCAAAUGUAGUGCUACAAAUCAAUUUUUGUGGCAAGCGGUGAGGGAGACGAAAAAUAAAUAAAUUAUGUUGCGCCCAGAAAGAGAGAAUAUCCCAUCAAAAGUCGAUGCAUUUGCCGGUACUGGACAACAAACAGCAGUUACCUCGGCGUCCAAAGAAGAACAAGAGCCUCGCGUUCUCCACGGCAAGGAAGCUCUGGUCAGAGAGUAAGUAAGAGAUCCAAAAUGAGAUGCCUGCCGCCGUCGGACGAUUAUACUACUACAUUUCGAAGU